CGAGCUAACAGCGACUUGUCGCCUCACUGACAGAGUUUUGAGGAACAGCAGCCGACGGGACGUGAGAUUCGUUUCUGCAGAGCGACUUUACUUACUGGAUUUUUGUCGCGUUCUACACAAGCUCAGCUCUGAAAAUGUAAACCUGGCAAAGAAAAUAAGAUGAGGAACUGGCAUCCUCAUCCCCUCUUGGCCAAUGUUUCUGCUGCUUUGCAUGCAGGCUAAUACCAUAGCCCAUGUACACUAUGGCAACAAUUGAUGCAGCCUCAGAUGCACAAGACCUGUUGGCUUCCAUUCACCUUGAGAAAUAUCUGAACCACUUCAGACAGGCAGGCUUUCUGCUGGCCCGGGACUUUUGUCAUGUGGACAAUGCUGCUCUUAACAGACUUGGAGUGACUGCCACCGGCCACAGGAAGCGGAUCCUCAAACUGGUCGAGCACAUUCAGCUGAUCUGCCAGCAUCAUAGGAAGGACACUGUAUUGGACCGCUGUAACUCAGAGUCAGCCAUUCAUGAAGUGACUCCUGAUGAGCAUCUUUCACCUCAAGGAAAUGCAGACAUAUCUUCUAAAGCGCUUCACAACAGCUCGGCACCAAAUAUGUCUGCACUUGUAAAACGCUCCCACUCAGAGCGUAGUGCUACCAUUGUGAAGCCGGUCCCAAAACCCAGAACUGUCUUUAACAAACAGAGGGUGAAGCAGCCUUCUCUAUCAGCACAACAGGAAGUGCAGCUCUGCAGAAGGUCCUCCCAGGAGUCUGCCUGUUCUGCUAUUCUGGAAGGUUCUUCUUCUGAGCUACCUAGCUUAACCUCGAUAGGCCUGAAACAAAGUUUGAAUGAAAAGCAGUUAAAUAAAAGUAUCUCAUCCCCAGACAUUAGUGGGCCACUACCUCCAGUACCCCCAAGAAUCAACCGUGGGGUUCCCCCACCCACAGUCAGGGGAAUGUCAAGCCAAGCCAGGCAAAGCACCCCUCCACUGCCCCCUUUACCUGACUCCCCUUCCAGUUAUCAGUGUUCUCCUUUCACCAGUGUGCCUGGUUCUCCUCCUAGCCCCCCAUGCUCUGGCCUAGAGAUGGUCUCCAAUGAAAUCUACAGUGGCACUUUACCUGGCACUCCACCCACUAUCUGGAGCCGCUCUAUACCUUUGCCCCCGCCACGCCAAGAGCUCAACACAUCUACUGACAGCAAUAGCACUUUAAACCACACCUCAUCAGAACUGUCUAAACGUACAUUUGCUCCUUCUGAGGACCAAGAUGAAAUGAUUAGUCCAUACUGUGAAACUGUUUUCCAUGGCAAGUGGCAAAAUGAGGAUGAAAGGUCUCCCAAAAGUGGGGAUAGGACUGGAACCAAAGAUGAUAAGCCAGGAGAUGAUCAUAGGCAUCAGAGCCAGUCCGGACUCAAGCGGCAGUCUCGUGGGAGUCCUGGUGACUCCCCAGGCUACAGCACAGUUGGCGAGCCCACCCCUGCCUCACGCUCCUUCUCUCUGCCUCCACACAGCCAUUACCCCAGUGAAAUGGAUGAGGACCAAUUCAUCUCCCCUUAUGCUAGUUUCACCUCAUUGUCUGAGAGGCCCGUACCCAUCCUCUGUGGCUGGUUGGACAAACUCUCCCCCCAAGGGAAUUACGUGUUCCAGAAGCGCUAUGUAAAGUUUGAUGGAAAAAAUCUGAUGUACUAUGGCAGUGAAAAGGACACAUACCCAAAAGGUGUGAUUCCUCUUGGUGCUAUACAAAUGGCCAGAGCAGCCAAAGACAACAAAUUUGAAGUUGUGACGAAUCACAGGACAUUUGUUUUCCGUGCAGACAAUGAAGCGCAGAGGAGUAAGUGGUGCAGUGUGCUGCAGGAGUGGGUGAAAGAGCAGAUGGUGUUUGGCCGGCCACGUUUUGGCCCGGGCAACCACUGCCAGAAGAAUGGCUUCUUAGAGCUUAAAGGGAUAAAGUCAAAGAUCUAUGCUGCAAUUAUAACUGAGCAGAUUUGGCUGUAUAAGAAUGAGCAGUGUUUUAAGAAUGGCAUUGGAAUCACUGUAAUUGAGGCCAGAGGCGCUACAAUCCGAGAUGGAAAGAACAAAAGCUUUGACCUCAUAACUCCUUACAAGGCCUUCAGCUUCACGGCUGAGUCAGAGCGGGAGAAACGGGAGUGGAUGGAAGCUCUGCAGGAGUCAAUAGCUGAGACGCUCUCCGAUUACGAGGUGGCUGAGAAAAUCUGGUCUAACCGCUCCAACAGGGUGUGUGCAGACUGCAAAGCUAUCAAUCCUGACUGGGCCUCCAUCAAUCUCUGUGUGGUCAUUUGCAAGAACUGCGCAGGCCAGCACAGAGGACUGGGCACAAUGGUGUCCAAAGUGCAGAGUCUGAAACUGGACACCAGUGUUUGGAGCAAUGAGAUCGUUCAGCUCUUCAUAAUGCUGGGUAAUGACAGAGCCAAUGAGUUCUGGGCUGCAAGGCUGCCAGCAGCUGAUGAAAUGGACUGUGAUGCCUCUCCAGAACAGCGAAGGGAAUUCAUAACCCAGAAGUACAGAGAAGGACGUUUCCGCCACCCUCACCCCAGCUUUAGCACACAGGAAGAGUUACUUAAGGCACUGUGCACAGCUGUGACUGAACAGAACCUCUUGAAGACAGUCACUCAGUUAUUUGCAGAAGCAGAAGCGGCUCGACUCUCAGACUCUAAUGGACAUCUGUCUCUGCAUUACUCUUACACUCAGGCUGCAGAUUCUAGUGUGUAUGAUGAGAUCAUGCAGCCCGUCCUGUAUUCUGGCUACCUCUACAAGUCAGGCUCCAUGAACAAAGGCACUUUAUCCCGCAGAACCAGGGAAGAUUUCCAAAAGUACUGGUGCUCGGUGGAGAAGUCUCUUCUGUUUUAUGAGUCUGACAGGUGCCAUGAACCCAGCAUGAAGAUAGAGGUCAAAGACAUCAUUUGUUUAGGAGUUAGCAGGCCAGACUCAUGUACCAACAACAAUGGCUUCAUUGACAGGUUCCGAUACACUUUUGAACUCUACCUAACAUCUGAAAAGCUUGUCCAGUUUGGCUUAGAAACUCCAGAUGCACUACACAGUUGGGCAAAAGCUAUUGGAAAGGCCACCACGCCUCUGAGCUGCCACUGCUUACUGGCGAGGGAGUUUGAGCGUGUGGGCAUGUUGCGCUAUAAAGCCAUGCUGGACCCGCGGGAGUGGAAAGAGGGCUUCUUUGUUCUGCAAAAGUCCAACCUCUUCAUUUGCCCUGGAAAUGAUGGAGCUGCCGAGGACAUUAUUAACCUGAAACGCCUGCAGGAACUCAGUAUAGCAUCAGAGACAGAUAACCAUGAAAAGAAAGACAUUUUGGUUCUAGUGGAAAAAGGAAGGACUCUGCACCUGCAGGGCAUGGGGCGUACAGACUUCUCUCUGUGGUAUGCGGACAUCCAGAAGGCAGCAGGAGGCAAAGCCAACACGCUGAAGGACCAACAGCUGAGCAGGAACGACAUCCCCAUCAUUGUGGACAGCUGCAUUGCAUUUAUUACACAGUAUGGUCUGGGCCAUGAAGGGAUCUACAGGAAAAAUGGAGCCAAGUCCAGAAUCAAGCUUCUGAUGGAGGAGUUCCGGAAAGAUGCCCGCAACGUGAAACUCCGCAUCGGAGACAAUUUCAUUGAGGAUGUGACAGAUGUGCUGAAGAGGUUCUUCCGCGAGAUUGAUGACCCCAUAUUCAUGGCAGAUCUGCACCCGUACUGGAAGGAGGCUGCCAAGAUAUCUAAUAAGACGCAGAGAUUGGAUAGAUAUAAAGAGCUCAUCCGUGGUUUGCCGCGAGUCAAUCGCACCACUUUGGCUGCUCUCAUCAGUCACCUCUACAGGGUACAGAAGUGUGCUGACCUGAACCAAAUGUGCACGAAGAACCUGUCUCUGCUGUUUGCACCAAGCCUCUUUCAGACAGACGGGAAAGGAGAGCAUGAAGUAAAGAUCGUAGAGGACCUCAUUGACAACUAUCUCUAUGUCUUUGAUAUUGACGAGGAACACAAAACUCAGAUUGAACUGGAAAUCAGUCUCAUCACAACCUGGAAGGACACACAGCUCUCUCAGGCAGGAGACCUGAUUAUUGAGGUCUAUCUGGAGGAAAAAACACCAGACUGCUGCAUCACUCUGAAAGUUUCACCCACUAUGUGUGCCGAGGAACUGACUAACCAGGUGCUGUAUAUGAGGAAUAUCCCUGCAGGUGAAAAGGAUGUGUGGAUGACCUUUGAAGCCAUUGAGGAUGGGGAGCUUGAACGGCCUCUUCACCCAAAAGAGAAGGUUCUGGAACAAGCACUACAGUGGUGUACUAUGGCUGAUCCUAGUUCUGCAUAUUUGUUGGUAAAGAAGGUGCCCAGAGGAGAGGUGAUUGAUAUCUUUACAGCCUACAAGAGUGAAAUUGUGAAGUUUGGGGUUCUGAAGUGCCGAGAGGAGACACCCAAACUUCUGCAAGGGACCAAAUUCCAGGAGCGUCUGUUUCAAAUCCAGGAUCACAAGUUACUCUUAAUGAAGGAUAAGAAAAGCAACAAACCCGAAAAGGAGUGGCCACUAAAAACUAUGAAGAUUUACAUUGGAAUAAGAAAGAAGUUGAAAGCGCCAACAAAAUGGGGUUUCACUGUGAUGAUAGACAAACAUCAAAUGUAUCUCAGUUGUUCCAGUGAAACAGAGCUUUGGGACUGGAUCACCAGUCUCCUGAAAGCACAGAAUGAUGACUUGCGGCCUCCUGUGAUGAGACGCCACUCCUCAUCUGACAUCUGCAAGCAGAAGUUUGGCACCAUGCCCUUAGUUCCAAUCCGCGGAGAAGAGAGCAACACCAACUCCACCAUGCUUUCUGCUAAUCAGACACUGAGGAAGCUUCAUGAUAGGAGGACACUAUCAAUGUACUUUCCCAUGAAGGUGCAGCAGGACUCAUUGGAGGAACGGGAUGAAAGCCCAGAGCCACUCUAUGAGGAGGUUGGUGACUUUGGCCUGCAGGUGCUGAAGUCCUUGGAGAGCAGCUUUCUAUCCACUGGCCAUUCCAAGAGUCUAGAGGUGCCUCCGCGCUCCGAGAGCCUCGGCCAGGGGAAGAGCAGGUCACUGGAGCGCACGGUUGUCCCAAAGCUCACCCGUUCCAUUGGGGGAGAGGGAUCUCUGGACACGCUGAUGCAUGAAGCACCACGUGUCUCUUCAGAACGCAAAUCCUGUAGUCCUUCAGAAGAACUGCUGUUACAUGAGCUCUCAACGCUUUUUAAGAAACCAGAAGAUGAUGAACAGUGAUCUGCUGAGAGCCUGACCUAAGAUGCACUUCUGCUUAAAAGAGUGUUACAUUUUUUUUAAAGGAUUUUGGGCAUGGCCGUUGGUUAUAUGGUUGUAUUAUUUUAUAUACAUAGAAAUUACCAGUAUUAUAAAGAUUGGACAUUUUGCUUCCUAUUUCUAAUAUCUGUAAUUCUUUUAUUCACUUUGUAUAUAACUGGCAUGUAAUAUCAUAUGGUAUAUGACCUGCUUGUGUUAACAAACCAAGACCAAACUGAAACAUCUCAGUUUAGUUGUUCAUAAUUAAGCUUUUAAAACACACUGACUCAGCAUCCUUCUGUUUUUUUUUUUAAUUAGACUGCCAAAUUCAUUCAUGAUGUACAUAAAAUGAAGCCUUUAUAUAGCUGACUUUGGAUACAUAUAUCCCAAUUAAUCCAACAGACGUUGCUAAAACUGCUUUUCAAAUAUUUUCUUAAAAUUACUUUAUUUUAAAUGGCAAAUUAAUUCAUGUGUAGUGUACUUCUUUCACGUACAAGCUCUGGGACUUUUUUCACAAGUACAAUUUGUUGUAUUUAUUAAUUUAUUAAUGUGUCUUCCAGCAUUUCUCAGCGUUCAGAUAUAGAAGGAUUUAAUGAUGAUGAUAUUUGAGCAGCUGAUAUCCAGCUUGACUCUGGGACAGUAGAGGGCAGUGUAAGAUCAGCAUAUAACGGCUUGACAAUCAUGAAACGUAUAAUGCAUUCUGCUUUUCUACAGAGAUUUACUGAUUUUGCACAGUAAUCUUCAGGCUCUUUAUUAAACAUAUUUAUGCUACUGUAUAAUUGUAAUAUUACCUGUAUUCAAGCACUUUUGUUUGACUGCCGUUCUUUGCUAUGGGACAUAACAAUGUGCAGCUUACACAGUAUUCUAUGACUUAUGGCAGGGUAACAUACCACCAAACACUGUAAAGGUUGAGUACUAACUGCAAAAUGUUUUGAUUUUGCUGAAUCUUUUACUGAAACUGAAUGAGGAUGUUGAAAUAUAUGAGUGGAUUUUGAAAAUGAA